AAAAGAUUAGCAGAAUAGAUCUAACUUUCAGUUCAACCGUAAAUGGGGAUAUCAACCUGUGCAAUAAACAAAGGGUAUUUUACAUAAAGGUUGUUUGUUGGCUUAAUUGUCCUCACCUGCAAACGCCCUAAAGCAAACAUUUGGCCUCUGCCUAUUCCAUGAAUUCAUGAACAGAAAUGACAUGGGGCGGUACUGACAAAAACAUCCAACCCGUAUGGAGAAACGUAACUCGAUAUUCCCUGAAUGAACCUCAUUUCAAAGUUUUCGUAAUUUAACCCAGUGUAGCCUUCAAGUGUGUGUGUGUGUGUGUGUGAGAGAGAGAGAGAGAGAGAGAGAGAGAGAGAGAGACGCUGGAAGGAGUGUGUUUCCCUAAGAUUACUCAUUGAAUUAUAUUAACGUCUAUAAAACGCUCAGCACUGAAGGCAGCCUGUAUAUCCCACAGUAAACAGACACUCGGCUAUUACCUGACAGUACAAUGUCUGCGCUGUACUGGACCUUUCUGCUCUUUACAGUCAGCAUGGCUUCCCUGCAGUCACAGAGGUCUUCACGGACCAAAAGGGGUCUCCUGGAACUGGCCGGGGUUAUCAAGUGCAGCACGGGAAGAUCAGCGCUAGCUUAUACGAUGUAUGGAUGUUACUGUGGCCUUGGAGGUCAAGGGUGGCCCAGGGACCGCGCAGACUGGUGUUGCCACAAGCACGACUGCUGUUAUGCUGACGCAGAGUUUGCAGGCUGUCAAACUAAGACAGAAAUGUAUCAGUGGAAGUGUGAAGAUGAGGAGGUUGACUGUGACUCGCUUAAUGACAGAUGUGCGAAAAUCCUGUGCCGAUGUGACAGAGAGGCAGCCAAAUGUCUGGGAAAAGCACCAUUCAACGAACAAUACAUUUUGUGGCCUGACUUCCUCUGUGGUGAUGAACAUCCUACCUGCAACAUUUAUUAGUUUAAUUUUAUAUGUUUAUUAAAAAAAUAAUUGAGAACA